AUUUGACAGCAACAAUAUGAUUGGCUGAUAAAAUGUGGUUGCAAAUCCUGUUUGGUUAACUGAAAGUGGACACCCAUCUCAGCUGAUUAAGAUAAACAGGAAGAAAGAGGGAGAGAGAUGUGAAUGAACAUACCCUGAGCUUACUUUGAUGUGAAACGAAGUUACACUGCAGAGCUGCAAUCAUUCGCACUAUGAUGAACUUCAUCUUGACAACAGCUUUAAUUAUCUGCAGCAUCAGCUGGAUCUCUGUCUCAGUUUCUGAGUCUCAGACUGUGAAGGUCCAGCCUGGUCAAGAAGUCACACUGUCGACUACCAACAUUUCCAAACUUUCAGGCAUGACAACCUGGUUCAGAGUGGUCAACAGAACCAAGGCCAGCUGUAUCUCCAUUAUGACCAAGGCUGACAUCAAUCCUAAAUACUGUGAUGGAGUAGAAAACGGAACAUUUGAAAUGAGCUCCAACACCUCCACUGUCUUUCUCACAAUUAAGACAGUGGAUUUUUCUGACUCUGGGCUGUAUUUGUGUGGAUUUUUCAUAGAGGGACAGACAAUUUUAAGUGUGAUACAUUUAAAUGUUGAAGGCAGUGAUGAAUCUCAUGAUGACGUUGACAGAAAGUCUACAAAGAGUGAUAGAAUACCAAACCUGAUGAGUGUGAUCCUGGGCGGCCUGACUGUUUUCCUCAUAACGGUCAUCAUCUGUCUGGUUGUUAAAAACAGGAAACUUCAGAAAGCUGCCAACGAAAAACAGAAUCCACAACAGCGUGAGAAUCUGGACUCUGAUGACCUGAAAGCACUGAGUUUGUAUUCAACAACAAUAAGAAACAGGAGGCCUGCAUCAGAGAGAGAAGUGGAAACUCAUGUUGUUUAUGCUGCCAGCAGAUAGAAUAAUGCUAUUAAUCAUUUUCAUCAAUUGAUGUUCUUAUGUGGGUUUGGGGGGGGUUACCAUUUUCUUAUUUAAAUCUUGAUCUUUUAGUCUCAUGAGUCUUUCUAACUCUAGAGAGACUGUCCAUAAAGACAAUAGAUAGAUGGAGGUCUGCAGAUGGAGGAGUGAGAGAGGCACGCAUCAUUUGUUUAACAGGAAGAGACAGCAGAGUGUGGUCUGAGCACAGCUGAGCUGAAAAUCAUGAGGUCACUUAAAUUAAAUCUGAAUCUGAAUAAAGUCGGACAUGAAGCAGUGAAUACUGGCUGACUUUCCUCUGCCAAGCAGACAAAGUGAUCAGGUUCUGUAUUUUUAUAGAUAUUUUGGAAACUGGAUAUUUGAUGUCAAUGUUUUACAUGUCUGAAUAAAACAUAAAAUUUGUUUUAAAGUGA